GCACAUGCAAACCACGCGGCAUGCUGUAGCUUUGUUCAGGGUCGCUUCUCCGUAUAUUGUACAUUUCACACGUUGCUGUAGUUUGUAGUAACAGUCUCUUUGCUAUCACCUGUACGAAGUGACCUUUUGAACUUAGGAACAACAUGGUGUUAAAGAAGCUUGGAAGGGUUGUGUGCGGCAUGUCGGGCGGCGUCGAUAGCAGCGUUGCUGCCUACCUGCUGAAAACGAAAGGGUAUGAUGUCAUUGGCGUCUUCAUGCGCAACUGGGACAGCCGAGAUGCUGGUGAACGUUGUGUCCUUGAUGAGGAGGAGAGCGAUGCACAGUUUGUGUGUGACCGCCUUGAAAUACCAAUGAAGACGGUGGACUUUGUCAAGCCUUACUGGCACAGCGUGUUCAGCACCAUGCUUGAUGAAUACCAGAAGGGGUGGACGCCUAACCCGGACGUUCUGUGCAACCGAGCCAUCAAAUUCGGUGUCUUUCAUGAGUAUGCCACUCAGAGGCUGGGCGCUGACAUGGUUGCCACUGGCCACUAUGCCCGUCUACAGCCACUGCCUGAUGGGCGUGUGCAGCUGAUGCGAGGCGUAGAUGGUGACAAGGACCAAAGCUUCUUCUUGGCUCAGGUGAAGCAGGAGGCACUGCAGCGAAGCCUCUUCCCCUUGGGUGACCUCGAGAAAGCUACAGUCAAGCAGGUCGCAACAAGCAUAGGGCUGCACAGAAUUGCGACCAAAAAGGAGAGCAUGGGACUCUGCUUCAUUGGGAAGCGUGAUUUCCGAGCCUUUGUGGAGCAGUACCUGGAGUCAAGGCCGGGAAAUUUUGUCGACAUGGAGACAGGCGACGUGGUUGGAACGCACACCGGAGUCCACUCUUGGACGAUUGGUCAGCGCUGCCACAUAGGUGGUUACCGCUCAGCCUACUAUGUCGCACGGCUCUGUCCUCACACCCAGUGCAUCAGCGUGGUCCUCGGCCAACACCACCCAGCCCUGUACUGGCGCACAUUGUACACCAACGUGCCGCACUGGAUCUGCCGGGAGCCGCCUUGGCAGAUAACAGCAGGCAACGCUGCAUCCACCCUGCGGUGCUUGUUCAGGACACAGCACAGGAAUGCCCUGGCCUGGUGCACAGCUGUUCCAAGCGGAAACGUCAUGGAAACCACAGGGCUUUCGACAUUGCCGGCAGGUGGACUCAGGGUCACUCUGGACAACCACCACAGGGCCAUUGCUGUGGGACAGGUGGGCAGGCAGACCAUUUUAGGUGCUGAGAGUAUAAGUGUUGGGUUGAGAAGUCUUGAAGUGGGUGUGAGACAAGACGUUUGUUUCCGGAUUCCUUCCAGUCUCCACUCUGCCUCCCAGGAGCUGAAACAAGGUUUUAGUUUAUAACCUGGAUUACUAGUUUAUAAAUGUUAAUAGUAAGGGUUGCACUAGAGUGGAAUGUGUGCACUGCACUACUGGUAAAGGGAACACAUGAGUGUACAUGCAAAUAUUUAAGACACUGUCUUCCUUGAAUGCCUUACUGGCGCUUUUCAGUUUCAAGCAUGUCAUUCUUUUUUUUUUUUUUUAAUAUGGACUGAUCCUGAAGACAGAGUGCAAACUGAAAAUGUGGGCUGGUCCCAAAGAUAGUGCAGUUUAAGAAUGUGAGCCAAUUCUGAUGGUAGUAGAGCCUAAAGCUGCUUCCAGGGAUGUUUGUAGGCUAUAAAUAUGCGCCGCUCCUGAAGAUUGAGCAGUAAAAGAUGUAAGCAAUUUGAAGCUCCUCCUACUUUCCUCACGGUGACCCAAUAGGAGUGCCAUGCACAGUGAUUAUGCCUAAUUCUCACUCCCAUCUCUCUAUGGAAGACAUCGUCUUUGAUCGACUUCAAAUAGAAGUCCGAUCACAUUCUUGCUUCUUUAGCUACUGCCUAGUACCUGGUUGCACAGCUUUUCGACGGAUCUGUGUUUAGUGGCUCUGGUGCUCUUCUACAUCCCUUUGCAGUGCAUUGACGUAGGUUUAGGCAGCACUUGGGAGCAUGUAACUAUUGUGCAGCAACAACUGCACCAGUGCCUGGUUUUUAGACAUACAUGUAUAUACUUAUUGUUACUAGUGCAUGGACAACUCCCCAGGCACUGCUGAUGCUGUGUACUUGCUGCUUUUCACAUCUGCAUGACAUGCCAUACAAUGAGGUUUGAUUGUCGACUCCUACUCUCAAGUUCAUCAACCUUAAGUAAUAGGCCGUUCGUGCUGCAUUCAAGCCGCACAAUCUGUUCUUUCACACUAGAAAGUCUGUUCUCGAGUUGGGUGAACGCAUCAAGUUUUUUAUGUAUCCCUGAGAGUGAGUCAUUUACUGUCCUGUUCUCAGCCUUCGUGCCACUAAUGUCGGCUGCCCUGCUACGAAUCUAGGACAUGACAUCCUCCAAGCAGAGACCAGGACUGGGAUUGCUUUCAAUAUCACCGGCGAGCAAUAACAGACACUUUAACAAUACGAUAUAAUUACUCAGAACAAAACAAUUCUGCCAGGGGCACAGCAGCACCACAAGGAACCUGUCGCUGCUACGAUAACAUUUUCCAGAACGUUUGCUCACCUAUAUCAAAAAGACAAAUGGAUUCAUGAGCAGCAUGUUCGAUGCAGUGCCACCGUACCCAAUGUGGGGGCGUAUCUUGCCACUCAGUUUAAAAGGUAGUGCGGUCGAUGCCAUUCCGGCUGAUGGCGCAGCACCAAGGUGUCCGAAUGCAGGUAGAUCCAGUUGUUCUGGUUCGAUGCCAGAGUGCCAGGAGUGCCAUAAGCCUCACAGUAGUCAAAGUGGGAUUUAGCAGCGGUCGGUAGCGGACUGUGGUUGAAAAAACAGGGAAGCCAGCGAACAAGCAGGGAGAGCCUGUAUCAAAAAGACGAAUGGGUUCAUCAGCAACAUGUUCAAUGUGGUGCCACCGUGCCUAAUCAUUAAAUCAUGUCUUUGGUGUCAUUCUGUGUCCCUUAUUUCCAUCUCCUCAAUGCAUGCCGCUAAGAUCGGUGACAACAUUGCCAAGCCCACCAGGAUUUCAUCAGCCCAGCCACCAAUUAUCGGGAGUUGCAGAGAUGGAGUGAGAAUGUUUGGCAGCAGUAGCUAAGGGCCUAAACUUAUCAAAGGAGCAGAUGAUGGCAUCUUUUGAGAAGGCUCAGCAGGAGCAGGAUAAACAGCACGAACGAGCAUGCAUGUGAACAAUACAAACGGGAAAAGGAAAUCCUUGAGUUGAAUUUGAGGCUAGCUGAGAUUAAUGUGUGACCCUGCGAUGACACCAAGGUCAGCAUCAUCUGACUGAGCCUCUUCUAGAUCGAGACAGAUUUGUCCCAGGAAACUAAUGGCGUCCUUCGAUGAACGAAGAGAUAACCUGGAUAUGUAUUUGCAUACCUUUGAGAGAAUUGCAGUCAGGUAACGUUGGGAGAAGAGCGAGUGGGCCAGUGCCCUGAGCCUGUGUUUAGUGGGUGAGGUGUUGAGUGUGUUUAGCCAGAUGCCAGCAGAGGAAUUGCUAGACUACAAAAAGCUAAAAAAAAAAAAAAAACUUUAUUACAGAGGUUCAGGCUGACCACCGAAGGUUUUCGUGAGAAGUUUAGAUCUUGCAAGCCUGAAGAU